GAAGAGGACAUAUCAUCUUGACUGCCUCGGAAUUUUCCCUCUCAUUAACGACCAAACAUGGCUGGAAAGAGCGUGGAAUCUAAAAGAGAAGAGUUCAGAAGCUUCAUCCUGACACAGUUAGGAGGAGGUGCUGGCGGCAGCGAGCGGGUUGCAGAACUGGAAGCAGAGAAUUCCAAACUAAAGGAGCAGAUCGUGUCGCUCGGAGGGACGGUAGAAGGCGCGUCGCCCGACGCCGCAGCCGCCGCUACCGCUGCAAUGGAAGCACCUGCGGCAGAAGCAACGGAAGAAGCACCGCCUGCGGAAGACGCGCCUGCGGAAGAAGCUCCUGCAGAAGCCCCUGCGGAAGACGCCCCUGCAGAAGAAGCCCCUGCGGAAGACGCCCCUGCAGAAGAAGGGGAAGGCUAG